AUGGUGCUCCGCUUGGCCAGAGAAAAGCACCCUCUGCUUCUAGACGACAACCGCAUCUCAUUCUACCCGGACUACAGCGCUGAGACCCAACGCAACAUGCUCGCAUACAACGAGGUGAAGAAGAAACUACGGGAUAAAAACAUCGAGUACGCGAGCCGCUAUCCUGCAAAGCUGAGAGUGCGCCACGAAGGGGCAUUCAAGCUUUUCUCAUCACCCGCGGAGGUGGAAAACUUUCUCCGCACUUUGGAAGAUUAA